GUUCCUUCCCCAGAAUCUUUGGCUGCGAACGUUCCAUAGAACGCCAGUCGGAAGCCAGGAGCGCAUGCGCCCCCGGGACAGGCUCUCACACACCGCGCUCCCCAGCUGUUCCAUGGCUGGUCGCUGUUCGCCUGGGUGCGUGACAUCAGCGGCUGGGCAAGUCAGAACACGUACCGGGCGGCUGGGCAGGGGAGGGGACAGGCGCGGGGCGGGGAGGUGCACCAGCUGUACGAAGAAAACAAGUCCUGGGCUUCUCCAGCGGAGCCGCAGAGGCGGUGUCCCUGCAGCCGGCACUCACCUCUCGCUCGGCGCCGCGGCGGUGCUGAAUCUGGGCCGGGGAAGAAAGAGGAGGGCGACGCGGGAGAAAGCCCGGGGAGCUGUUCACACCCGCCUGCCCGGUGGUGGGCACCGCUGGAGCUGCAGCCGCCCCAGGAAGCGCCGCUGCCCCUCGGGGUUCUCGGAGGAGAGGCGACCGGCGGCCGUGCCGCGCUCUGAUGGCUUAGGAGACCGGUGCGAGCUGGAGCAGCCCCGGAGAGCCCCAGCCCCGAGACCUUGCCGAAAGGGGGAAGCGCAAGACGGGGGCCCCGGACGCUGGUGCUAAUUGAUGUGAGAUCCAGCAGCAAGGAAGAGGCAUGGGCCAGUCCGGGGCCAACGACAUGGCCAGCGCCGCUGCCUUAGGGGAUUUGGAGAAGGUGAGGGAGCUGCUGGACCUGAGGGCGGACCCCAAUGCAGUCAAUUCCUACGACAGGACGCCGAUCCAGGUCAUGAUGAUGGGAAACACCCAGGUGGCGGAGCUGCUGCUGCAGAGAGGAGCGGAUCCCAACCGCCCGGACCCGCGCACCGGCUCCCUCCCAGUGCACGAUGCGGCGCGAGAAGGUUUCCUGGACACCCUUGUGGCGCUGCACCGAGGCGGGGCUCGGUUGGAUCUGCGGGACAAAUCGGGCCGCCUCCCCAUUGACCUAGCUGUAGAAAGCGGGCAUCAGCAAGUGGUCAGCUACCUCCGAGCCCAGCCUGCAAGGAAUGCCGGGCGGGUGGCCAGCUCCCUGCGGGGCUCUGCCCUGCUCAGCCACACAAAGCACUGAACUGCAGGCACCAGGUUCGUCUACAGCAGCCGGGUACUACCCCCCAGGACACCUAGGAGCCGCCUUGUUACCCUGACACAGUAGGCUGGAAAUCAGAGGGUGGCAGCAGGGGAGGC